AGAAGUCGGAACAAAAUAUAUGCGAAACGCGAUAUAUUUUGGGUGAAAAAUGAUUUUUAUCCUAACCAAAUUUUAUUAUUUAUUUAUUAUAUUAUUAUAACAUUAUUAAAAAGGAAACAAAAGGCUUAAAAAAUAGAGAAGGGAAGCAAAAUCCGGAAGAGACAUCUCUUCCACUGGGUCUCCUGCAUCAAGAACCCUUGUUCUCCCUUUCUCUAUGUAUACACUCUGUUCGCGUCUAUAGUGCGUUUUUUCUUUCGUCGUUCUGUUUUCGUAUGUUGGUUUAAUAGGCUCGUGUCAUAACAAUGAAUCCAAGGAACACCAUUGAUUUAGAACAAGGAUGGGAUUUUAUGCAAAAGGGGAUUACGAAACUGAAAAAUAUUCUGGAAGGACUGCCUGAACCACAGUUCAAUUCAGAGGACUACAUGAUGCUUUACACGACAAUAUACAACAUGUGUACCCAAAAGCCCCCACAUGAUUAUUCUCAGCAAUUGUAUGAUAAGUAUCGGGAGUCUUUUGAAGAAUACAUUACAUCAACAGUUCUACCUUCUUUAAAGGAGAAGCAUGGUGAAUAUAUGUUGAGGGAGCUUGUGAAAAGAUGGCAGAAUCAUAAAGUCAUGGUGCGGUGGCUUUCAAGAUUCUUUCAUUAUCUUGAUCGGUACUUCAUUGCUAGGAGGUCACUUCCAGCUCUUUAUGAAGUUGGUCUGACUUGCUUCCGAGAGCUGGUAUAUCAAGAGCUAAACAGCAAAGCUAGGGAUGCUGUUAUAUCGUUGAUUGAUCAAGAGAGGGAAGGAGAGCUGAUAGAUCGAGCUCUUUUGAAGAAUGUGUUGGAUAUUUUUGUUGAAAUUGGUAUGGGGCAGAUGGUUUAUUAUGAGAAUGACUUUGAAGAAGCAAUGUUGAAUGGUACGGCAGCUUACUAUUCACGGAAGGCUUCUAAGUGGAUCCUAGAUGAUUCAUGUCCUGACUAUAUGUCGAAAGCUGAGGAGUGUUUGAAACGUGAAAAGGACAGGGUUUCUCAUUAUCUUCACUCUAGUAGUGAGACAAAGCUGCUUGAGAAAGUACAACAUGAAUUGUUGACGGUGCAUGCCACCCAACUGUUAGAGAAGGAGCACUCUGGUUGUCAUGCAUUACUUAAAGAUGACAAGGUGGAGGAUUUGUCGAGGAUGUAUAGGCUCUUUUCUAAAGUGCCCAAAGGUUUAGAGCCAGUUGCCAAUAUAUUUAAGCAGCAUGUUACUGGUGAAGGUACUGACUUGGUUAAACUAGCGGAAGAUGCUGCGAGUAACAAGAAGGCUGAAAAGAAAGAUGUCAUCGGGUUACAGGAGCAGGUAUUUGUGAGGAAAGUUAUUGAGCUCCAUGACAAAUAUAUAGCAUAUGUAAACGACUGCUUCGUAAAUCACACUCUAUUUCACAAGGCUCUUAAGGAAGCUUUUGAAAUCUUCUGCAACAAGGGUGUUGCUGGAAAUUCCAGUGCCGAUCUUCUUGCGACGUUUUGCGAUAACAUUCUUAAGAAGGGUGGAAGCGAAAAAUUGAGUGAUGAAGCUAUUGAAGACACUCUGGAGAAGGUAGUUAAGCUUCUCGCUUACAUCAGCGACAAGGAUUUAUUUGCCGAAUUUUACAGGAAGAAGCUUUCACGCCGCCUGUUAUUUGAUAAAAGUGCUAAUGACGAACAUGAAAGAAGUAUCCUGACAAAAUUGAAGCAGCAAUGUGGUGCCCAGUUUACCUCAAAAAUGGAGGGAAUGGUCACAGAUUUGGCACUAGCUAGGGAAAAUCAAGUAAGCUUUGAGGAUUAUCUCAGCAAUAAUCCACAUGCUAGUCCAGGCUUUGACUUGACAGUGACUGUCCUCACCACGGGAUUCUGGCCAACUUACAAGACUUAUGACCUUAACCUAUCUGCUGAGAUGGUUAAGUGUGUUGAGGUAUUUAGGGAGUUCUACCAGACAAAAACAAAGCACAGAAAGCUUACGUUCAUAUAUUCUUUGGGAACUUGUAUUGUCAAUGGAAAAUUUGACCAGAAAACAAUAGAGCUGAAUGUGUCCACCUAUCAGGCUGCUGUAUUGAUGCUGUUCAACACCUCGGACAAAUUAAGCUAUCAGGAAAUCAUGUCUCAGUUGAACUUACCCGAUGAUGAUGUCAUCCGUCUGCUGCACUCUCUUUCAUGUGCCAAGCACAAGAUUCUGAACAAGGAGCCCAGCACCCGAACAAUUUCUCCAACUGAUGUUUUUGAAUUCAAUUCCAAGUUCACUGACAAGAUGAGAAGGAUAAGGAUCCCAUUGCCCCCAGUGGAUGAGAAAAAGAAGGUAAUAGAGGAUGUUGACAAAGACAGGCGUUAUGCCAUUGAUGCCUCUAUAGUGCGUAUCAUGAAGAGUAGGAAAGUCUUAGGCUACCAGCAGUUAGUUGCUGAGUGCAUGGAACAAUUGGGCCGUAUGUUCAAGCCCGAUGUUAAAGCUAUUAAGAAGAGGAUUGAGGAUUUGAUAACCCGUGACUAUUUGGAGAGGGACAAGGAAAACCCUAACCUGUUCAAAUACUUGGCUUGAUUCACGACAACUGGAGAUUGAAUGUGUUUUGUACAUUCUUUACGUCUAGGGAAGUUGUUCCCUAUAGGUUGGUUCAUGUUUGAGGAGAAAUGCGUUAUUUGAUACCUCUGAGCAGUGAAGAGAGAAGAGAAUUCUGCUCACAAUCUAUUUCCCUUGGGCCAAUUUAUGCAGGUGCUUUAUACUUUUGUUAUCUGGGGUACUAUGUUUUUAUUGUUUUGCCUCCUUCAUGGAGUAAAUGUCACGAUACCAGUAAAAGUAGCCUCAUGUUUCGAAUUUGAUUUUUCAUUAUUAUUUGUUUUUAUGGUACACCUAUAGUCCUGGAAUUAGAUGCAUGGAGCAUUUUGGAUUUUGUACGUGUAUAACAUCAUGUUUUAAUGGCUUUCUGGUGUGGGUGCUCGUUUA